AUGUCCCCUACUCUUCCCCCCGAGGUCGUCUCGAAUAUCCUCAGUCAUGUCACCCCCCUCUGGCACUGGCGCCGCCGUGCCAUGUGGAAAAAUAACUGUGAACGGAUCACGGCGGAGAACGACGUCCGCUGGUUUCUGAGGAUUAGGGGCGUUUGCCGGAUCUUUGAUGAGUGCGUGAUCAAUCAUGUCUUGGCUGCGAUCCGUAGCGGGAAGUUUGAUCAGGACUUACCGAUUCGGCGCGGGCCAGGGACUCGGUCAAUGAGGGAGUUUGUCGGGAGGUUGUUCAAGAGUUUGAUUCGUUCUUGUAAGAAUGGGGAUGGAGUUGGGAGUACGUACCCGAUUGUUCGAUCAACUAUGCGAGGUGUUGAGUUGAGUGUGAAUUUCCUCUCGAAGGAGGAUCAUUCGUCUAACGGCGGGGGUGGUUCUGGUACAGUAGGCGUGGAAGACCUACGGGAGAUGCACACAGAGGCGAUGAUCUCCAUCGUUGUUGCGACUCUCGGCCCAGAUUUGGUGAUUAGGCUUCUAGAAAACAGCCACGGGAAUGGAAACGGGAACGAUGCAGAUGCCAACCGUCAUGAUGAGGAACAAGGGUGGCGCGUUGCUGCUCUCAUGGCAGCUGCGUACUUGGGCCGGAUUGAAGAUAUAAAGAAAAUCCUGGCACUCGGGGUAGCCGUGAAGCCAGACCCGGGGGAUGGGUGGCUCCAUCCGCCCGUCAUGGCGGCGGCGUUGGCUGGACAGGUGGACGUGCUUGAAUUCCUGGUCACGCAGGGCGCGGAUCUGCACAAACUGACUGUUGCUGACGGGGAUAAUGCGGUGCAUUUUGCGGCUUUGGGCGGGCAUGCCGGGGUCGUCGACUGGUUGUUAAGGAAGGGAGUGGAUGGGGACGUUGUGAAUAACAGGGGGGAUACGCCACUUCUGCGCGCUGCCGGGGCGGGAUAUGCGGAUGUUGUGCGGGUUCUUCUUGCCGAGGAAGGGGUGAGGGCUAAUCCUCAGGAUCGGCUGGGGAGAGCGCCUCUGAUUUGGGCGGUCGAGAGGGGGUAUGAGGAUGUGGUGGAGGCGUUUUUAUCUUGUGAGCGAGUGGAUGUGAAUAUUGCAGAUGGAGACGGAGAUGCCAACCCAAUAACGCCGUUGGUUCUGGCUGCUGCGAUGGGGCAUGAGAAUAUCUUCAGGUCUCUACUUGCACAUCCUAGAGUUCACAUCUGGGUGCCUACAAUCUUCAGACGAGUCAUCACAGGCGGUAACGUCAAUAUCCUCAAAGCAAUGAUCGCCUUGACGAUGGGCACGGAGCUGAAAAAGCAUUUUCUGGAUGGUAAUGCGCUCCUCCUCGCCGCCGAGCUGGGAACCGAAGAAGUUCUCCGAUACCUACUCUCCUUUGGCGAAGUCGACAUAAACUACCGUGACAGCUCUGAAGCGACGUCGGGCAUGACACUCCUCGACGCCGCCAUUCUCUCCAACAGUGUCGGCCAUGUCAACGCCAUUCUUGAACAUCCAGAUUUAAACAUGAGCCUCAUCACGGCACCAGAUAGAACCCAACUAUCGCCACUCCAUAUUGCAGCACAGCAGGACCCGCUGGAUGCAGGUAUCGUAGCUGUGCUGGUCGCGCACCCCGAGAUCGACACGCAGAUGGUCAACAUCCUUGUUGCGCAGCCGGGUGUAGAUGUAUCCCCCAUUGACGGUUGGGGAAUGACGCCACUGCACUACGCCGCUGAGAAUGGACAUCGGAAUAUCGUGAGAAUAAUCCUCGAUAGCCCCGGGACUAACGCAUGGCACACCAGCAUAUACGAUAAGACCCCGCUGGCGCUUGCGGCUGAAAGAGGACACCUUGAUAUCGUGAAAUUUUUGCUGGACUCGAGGCAGCAGGUCCCCGGGGAUGCAGUGUGGAAGGCUUUGAGCUCUGCGAGUAGUGCAAGGGCGAAGUUUCAGCUUGGGUUGGAGACUUUGCAGAGCCGGGGUGAGGGGAUUUCAGUCAAAGAAAGGUUGCUGAGGGACACAUAUUCGCGGCGUUUGAACGAGGUGCGUGAUAUAUUAUUAUUAUUCUGUGAUUAUUUGGAGCGUGGGAAUUAG